ACUCCUCGUCCAGCCUAAUUUUGCCGUCUUCAUCAGCCUGGGCUGUGUGUGCAAUCGCAUUUUGUUCAGACAUCAUGGAUUUCCGGAGCCUGGAGCGUAUGGAUGCUACGGAUGAGUCCAUCUUACGCGAACCAUAUCGACCAUUCUACAACAUCUUUGGGAGUAAACCAAUCUUGGUUAAGCAGUAUAAUGAUUACGACCGAAUCGCUUUCAAAGAACACCCGUGGUGGGGUGGUGUGCUAUUGUUCGAUAACGUCACCUCGGAUGCGCGGGAUCAUGCCGCCAACGAGAGAACAUUUCUUGCGUGGCUUAAACUAAGCGUGUACAUGGCUAUCGUGUCGGUAGCCAUUGUACUGUCUUUCCAUCUCAAGUUACAGCCAACACCGCUCGAGCGGCGGUUUGCACUACCAUUGGGUAUUAUCUUCUGGAUCUUGUCCUUGGCAUGUAUGGCUGCGGGGCUGGCUAAUUACAUUAAUACCAUUUCACGAUACAGUCGGCGCCGGGCACUGGUGCAAUCAGGAUGGAAGACGCAGGUUAUAUUCACAGUGGUAUCGUGUGCUAUUUUUGGAACGUGUGUGCUGCUUCUCUCUACAAACGCAGAGAAGUAGGAUUUCUUUAUAUGUUUGCGUGAGACGUAACGGUUGACUCUCAAUACAGGCCAUAGAUGCUCUCAUGAAUCGCAUGCUUUUGCUGAAAUCUCCCCUGGCGGAAUGUCGUAGCCUUGU